AUGGACAUCGAGACAGUUAACAAUUCGAAAUUAUCAAAAUCGAUUAUUAGUCCAACAUUUACAUGGUGUUUCUUAAUGCCAACCAUACAUGCCUUGAGUUUAAUGUCGAAUAUACUUUGCAUCGGUGUUUUCUGUUCAAGCACAUUUAUUAAAAAGCCAAUAGCUAUUUAUUUUAUUUGCUUAUUACUUAGUGAUUCAAUAACAUUAUUAAUUGGUUAUAUUGAAAUGAUCGAUAGAGAAUCCCAUAUGAUCGAUAAAUCCUCGUUGUUAUGCAUGUUUAAUGAAAACAUAAUUCAUCAAUUAACUAAUUUUAUUUAUACAUUUAUGGGACGAUUUUGUGUUGAAUGGAUGUUAUAUAAAGUUUUAUGGACACGCGCAUCAACAAUUGUACUUGCUAUAUUAAGUGUACAACGAUCAAGAACAUUUUUCUCGUUGUCCUACCGUGAAACUCGUGUAUAUGCAUUUUUUGCAUGUGUAUUUAGUAUUAUAAUGGCAUUAACAAUAACAUUUUUAGAAUGGGUUGGAGUUGAAUAUAAAAAGGUUAAUAAUUCAAGUAUAUAUGUUGAAAUUUAUGAAUCGAUUAUGUAUAGAAAUUCAUCAGAACAAUUUUAUUCUAUAUAUUUACAUCAAAAUUACAAUGAAUCAUUAGUAAAUUAUCCUUGUAUAAUGGAAUCAUUCGCUACAACAGUCUUUUCUACUUUUAAUAAUCAGUCUAACUGUUCAUCGAAUGUAGCCGCAAAGGAAUUUUAUAUGUUAACAAAAUCAAUUCUAUCCAAUCGGGAUUCCGAUAGUACAGAAGAUGCAAUAAAAUUAUUAACGAGUAUUAUUUCUGAUGAUUAUAAUCUAUCAAAUAAUUCACUAUUAAAACAACAAGAACGAAUAACUAAAUCACCGGAUUUCAUACCAAGAUUAUUCGAAAAACGUUCAUGUCAAAUUGCAAUAAAUUAUGCGUUUUGGUUAAAAGCAUUUGAGUUUUUUAACUCUGUAUCAUUUUCAUUUAAUCGACAUGCCUUAGCAAUAUUUUUCGGUAAUGCAUUACCAUCGUUUAUUGUUGUUCUUGCAAAUCUCUUAUCUAUAAAAGCCAUAUUCUUUUCGAAAAAUGUAAAAUAUUUAAAACAAGCUGCAAGCAAAAAUCGCGGUAAACGUCGUUUUCAAAGUGAUUUACGUGCAUUUCUUGUUAUUUUAUUUGAAAGCUUCUCAAUUAUUAUGAUAUCAUGGGGUGUACCAAUAUUUUUAACAAUGUAUCAUUGCCAUACAUUGUAUGUUGUAAAUCUAUCACUAUGUACAAAAAUAAAAGAUUACUUAGCAUUAUUUCUUUUUACCGAUUUAUUUAAUUCGUCAACAAAUUCUUUGUUAUAUUCAUUAUCAGGAAAAUUGUUUCGAAGAAAAUUUAUAUUUAUUCUUAAAGCUAUAUUUACAUGUGGACGUGGGAUAUUAUGGCACAGAAAUCGACCACAAUUACUACGGUCAACUAAAACACCUCAGCAACAACUAUCGAAUAAUCCAUCGACAAUCAUAAAUAAUUAUAAUAGGAAUAAUAAACAUCGACUAUCAGGAUCAUCGGGAAGUUUUCUAUAUUCAGAAGGCGUGCCAAUAUCACUUAAUAAUAACUCAAAGGAAAAAUUCGAUGAUAAAUUUCAAAUGAAGAGAACAACGUACAAACAGAUACAGAAACAAGAUAACAAUCUAUGUAAUCAUAGCACGUUAAAUACGUCUAAAGUUAGUUUUGAUCAUCCGGCUGAAAACGAUUCGUCCAGUGAUGUUGAACCAGAAAUGCCACGAAAAAUAAAAGACAAUCAAAGCAGAACACAUCCUCAAUCAAUAAAAUUAUUUAUUAUAAAUAAAGUGCGGUUUCUGAGCGUAUCAAAUUCUUCAAGCAGCAAAACUACUGUAUUAAAACGUCCAGCAGCAAUAUUGACUUUUGAUAAGCAAAAAAGUAAAUCAAAAAAUUCAACGUUCGAACCAAUGACUUUAAAUCAGCAAAGAGCAACUGAUUUAUCAUUACCAUCAUCUUCUAUUAUUGGAAGUAAUACUCAUAGUUCACAACGAAAAUGUUUAUUAAUUGAUCAUCAUUCACUGUCAAGAUUAGCAUCACGUAGAAGUGUUGAUAAUCAAUCAACAGUGAAACAAAAUAAUUUUGAAAAUUUGACAAGUCUUUGA